AUGGAAGCUGCGAAGCAAAACGCGGCUGAGGCUCGCGUCGGCAACUCAAGCGUCACUGACGUGCACAAGGUGCAAGCAGAGAAUGAGAAGCAGAGGGACAGCUGCUAUCGCUGCGGGUCGUCACGGCACCGCAGUCAAGAGUGCCAUCAUCGGCAGAGCGUAUGCCACAAGUGCGGCAAGAAAGGUCACAUCCAAAGGGUUUGCCGAAGCGGGACUGACGUAGGGGGCAAGAAACGUCCGCCAGGAGAAAGGGUAAAAACGCUGGAAGUUGAAGGAAGACUAGCCGUCGUACACGGCGUGUCUUCGCCCAGCCUUACCCCAGUGACGGUGCAGAUGGUGAUCAACGGAUCUGCGGUUGAAAUGGAACUAGACACAGGAGCAGCGGUAACUGUAAUGUCUGCUAAACAGUUUCACCAGUCUUUUCCGUCUGUGAAACUGACGCCAACUGUAGUCAGGCUUCGCACCUACACGGGAGCCCUGGUUCGACUGCAAGGCGUUGCGACAGUCAAUGUGCAACAUGGUGAGGCGUCAGUACAGCUGACACUGUACGUACGUCGUCGAUGGAGCCGGGCCGCCACUACUGGGCCGGGAGUGGCUUCGAACGAUACGACUCGACUGGAACAAGAUCUGGGAGCUGAAUCACAUCUCAAGUUCACACAGGAAAUUGGCUCUCGUCACGUCCUGACAGCUCCCUACCAUCCAAGUUCAAAUGGUUUAGCCGAACGCUUUGUACAGACCCUCAAGAACGCCCUCCGUAAAAACAAGGAGAGUGCGCCUUUGCAUGUGAAGUUGCAGAUGUUUCUGCAGAGCUACCGCAACACGGCUCACGCCACAACGAACGAGUCACCCGCCAAUUUGUUUUUGGGGCGACGUUUACGCAGUCGCCCAGACGUUGUAAAGCCUUCUGUGGGGGAAAGGGUAGCCCGCAAACAGUUCAUGCAGACUGCAAGCCGGCGUGGGCACGAUCGUGACUUUGCCGUUGGUGAUCAUGUGCUCAUCCGUAACUACUGUGGCAAACCCAAGUGGGUGCCUGGAGUGAUUCUUGCGCAGCAUGGCCCUGUUUCCUACCAAGUACGCGCCACCACCUCCAGAGGCAGCUUCACCUGGCGUCGGCACAAGGACCAGCUGCUAAGAACUCCAAGCCUUGCCGACGAGGACGCUGACCAGGAAGGCACAGAGUUCCUGUUGGUUCAACCAAGCGACAACGCACCCCAACCAUCGUCCUCGUCACCUACUGGCGGAACUGUCCCAGCCGAAGCAGCACAAGCGCCUGCUGCCCGACGGUAUCCGGCAAAAACCCGGAAACCUCCCGAAAGAUUUCAAGCCGGAUCUUAA